AUGGGACCGAGCCAAGACAACAAUGCAGAAGCGUACCUGGAUGCCUCUUUCCGAACAUGGCUGGAGAAAUUGAUGCGAAAGCAUCACGUCCCCGGCUUCUCGGUCGCCGUCGUGUCACAGGGCCAGAUCCAUGCCGACGGCUACGGACUGGCCCUUCUUCCCGAUGUCAAAGCUAAGGGCGACACAUUGUUUCCAAUGUGCUCGACCACAAAGUCUUUCACAUGCGCAUUACUCGGAAUAUUGAUCGCUGAAGCUCAGUCGAAGACGCCCUCGUCCAAGACAUACCCGGGACUUGACGUACUGAAGGACAGAGGCUGGCAGACGCCCGUGACACAAAUUCUUCCGCAGGCUUCGUCACCACAUCCCAGCUCCUGA